AUGUUCGCGAUCUUAGUAUUGUUUGUGGUCAGUUUUGCAGAUGUAACUCUGCAGGCAGAAUGGACCUACAGUCAACAAACCGCUUGGCCAGGAGUAUGCAACGCUGGUCUGGGCCAAUCUCCAAUCAACAUCAUGACCCAGGAAGCGAUAGUGGACAAGCACCAUGCCCACAUCCGAGGCCCUCUGAUUUUCCGAGGCUACAAUGAUGUGCCGCUGUACGGAUCCAAUAAUGGGCAUACAGUGAAAUGGUCUGGAGUGGCUGACGGACCAGCACCAAUUCUGGCUGGUGGUCCUCUCAGGGGCAACUACACCUUCCUGCAGUUCCACUUCCACUGGCUUUCAGAACACGCCAUCGAUGGAAUGAAGUACCCUCUGGAAGUCCACAUGGUGCACAUUAAGACUGGGCUGACCCUCGACGAGGCUCUGGCUCGAGCUGAUGGAUUAGCAGUCAUUGGAGUUUUCUUUUUGAUGCACAGAGGAUACGGCAGUGACCGUGCUUUGGAGGAAAUCAUUCCAAUGAUGCCCUACAUUGUGAACAGCUCCCAGAACAACACUGAGCCACGAAGAAUAGACAUCACGCGUCUGUUGAGCAAUGAGCCCCAGUCCUACUACACGUACCAUGGCUCUCUCACUACCCCCAUGUGCCAGGAAGUCGUCACCUGGAUCGUCAUGGACAAACCAAUCUACAUUUCUCCUGACCAGUACGCACUAUUCACCAAGGUCGAUGUAGGCGGAGACUACAACUACCGUAGCCUUCAACCGAAGAACAACAGAGUGGUAUACCGCUCCAUAGCCUCCUGUGCCUCCAUCAUAGCCCCCACCCUCCCAGGAACCCUCAUCAGCCUCUUCUCCUGCCUCUCCACCUCCCUUGCUGCGGGAGUCAACAAGGGCGUUGGAGCAUUCUUGAACAUCAAACGGAAACUUUUCGGAGCUCCUGCCAAAAAUUGCGUAAAAGCUAAAUAA